CAAUUACUUGCAUCUGAAGAACAUUUAACAUGUUCUAUUUGCUUUGAAGUCUACACUGAUCCGAAAACACUUCCAUGCCUGCAUUCAUUUUGUAAGGAUUGCAUCAAUACCUUCACGAAGAAAAUACCAAAUAAAAAAGAAUAUUCCUGCCCUGUGUGUAGAGAAACAUUUAAACUUUCUAAUAACGAUGUAGAAAAUUUGAAGACAAAUUUUUGUUUGAAAAAUCUUAUAGAACUAAUCAGUUCUAACACAGAAGUCAAGAAACUAUGUUCGUUUUGUAGCUUAAAAGGCGAAAACAUUGAGGCAUCCUCACAGUGUCUUACCUGUAAAGAUUUGCUUUGCUCCGAAUGUGCAGAACAUCGACAUAUAUCUACAACACAAACAUUAAACCAUAAAAUUGUUUCACUAACAGAAUUGUCAUCUGGAAAAUAUAAUGAAGAAAUUCGUUCCAAACAACAGAUUCCUUGUUCUGAACACACUGGCGAGGACUUGAGGUACUUUUGCGAAACAUGUGAUGUUCCAAUUUGUCGGGAUUGUAUCGUUCUCGGCCAUCAGAACCAUAAAUAUGUUGCCCCAUCAGAUGCAAGGAAAAGCAUGGAAGAAAAGCUGAAUACCCAUAUGAGCUCACUGAAAGAAAAUUUAGAAAGAUUUCAGGCUGCCAAAGGAAUUGUAGCAUCUACUUCAGCUAAUUUGGAGGUCCAAAACCAAGAAUUGAAGGCAGAUUUAGAAAAACAAAUGCAUACCAUUAUCGAAAACAUGAUGGACUCAAAAAAGUCAAUCGAAAAAGAAAUAGACCAGAUUGUAAAAUCAAAACAACAAACGCUGCAAAAACAAGAGGAAUCAGUUGAAAAGGAAAGGAAA